CUGUGGUGAUUCGGAACAUCCGUAACACCUGUUAUUUAUUGUUGUUGUUUUGGAUAGAACCUGUUUAUAUUGCACAUUAGUUGUAUUAGUAUGUGGAGAAAUAUUCUAGUGUGGCUUGCGUUCGGCUGUGUGGUCCAAUGCACAAUCCUGAGACAACUUCCCGAUGGAUUUGAAAUUCUCGAGUUAGGUCCUAACUCCACUGUACACUUCGGGGUCGUGCCAAACAUGCAGUAUGAGGAGAUAGGACUGACAUUCAACAAGGUCAAUAUCUCGGCCAAUGGCUGUGACAACAUCGUAGUUUAUGUCGAGGGUGACGGCUACAUCAAAGGCAUGAUGCCGCUGGCGAGAUUGUGCAGCGCUAAUGACCUUGCCAGCUACACCGAGACCAGUCCCACCGGCUUCUACGUCAUCGUGCAGACUUUCAGUGACUUCACCUGGGGAGAGAUUCACGUCCACUUUCCGUCACUUGGAGGAAUUACUGUUACCAAUGAAGUUCUUUCCGGCUGAACAUUAAGACAUUCAAGUGUUCAACAUAUCAAUGUGGUAUUCAAAUGUGGCAUUGAACUAACAUAUACUGAAAUAAAAAAAGAAACACAUAAUU